UAUGAAGUUUAAUAUUUUAUCACAAUACACACAACCUGACUACUAAAAAUGAUACAAACAAAUUUAAUUUUACAUUGCAGUAAAAUGGCUGCGGGGAGAUUCUCCACAUCAAUCAAAGACGGUUCGGAUGCGGACUUUGAGUACACAUGUACGCCGUGUGGGGAAGACCAUAUAAGGGAGGAAGCUGUCAAGUACUGUCCAGAAUGUGAAGUGUAUCUGUGUACAAAAUGUACCAAUCAGCAUGGACGGAGAAAAGCUACUCCUUCACAUAAGCUACUAGACAAAGAUGUCACUAAACGAGGUUCUAUGGUAACCAUAGCUACAAAAUGUCGUUACCAUCCAAAGAGAGAAAUUAAGAUGUACUGUUGAACCCAUGAUAUGGUUUAUUGUGCAAAGUGCAUAGCAAAGGAACAUAGGUCAGGUAAUGACGUUAGUGAAAUAGAAGACAUGAACACAUCUCUCGUUCACGAAAAAGAAGUACAACGUUUACAGAUGCAGACGAGAAACAUUCAAGAUCGUCUUAUGGCCAUUGAUAGGAAAACACAGAAAAACAUCUAUAGUCUUGAAGAGCAAAGGGAUGGUGCACUCGCCAAAAUCGAGGAAAUUGUGAGGAGCUUGAUAGAACAUAUCCGAAAAUUAAAACAUGAAGCAACGAGUGCUCUAAACAAGGACUAUACUUUGGAGAAAGAAGAAUUGAAGUAUAACAUCAACAAGACGGCAAAUACGAAAAAGGAAAUAGAGAAUGCAAGUACCCAGUUGCAGACAUUUACCAGUAUGGAAGCAGGACAACAGUUUGUUCAGAUGAAACUGAUACAACAGACUGUAAAUGAUGCAGUAAAAUUGGUUGAAGAACGUGAGGCGACAGGUAGUAAAGCUUUAUGUUUUACAGAAAAUACAGAUUUGAAAACCUCCAUUAUGACAGCGACAUCUUUAGGAUGUGUAAAUACAGUUAUAGCAAAUGAACGUCAAACUGUCCAAAAAAUAUAUAAUGUGAAAUCAAAAAAGGAGGUAAAUAUCAAAAUGCAAAACGACAUUAGCACGUGUUAUAUAUUUGAUGUAUGUCAGCUCCAGAACGGUACGAUAAUUCUGGCUGAUUUCAGUAAUAUUAACAUUAAGAGGCUUGAUAUGAAUUACAACAUCAAGGACCACUAUGACCUAGGUAGCUAUCUCAGUGGUAUCUUUUGUACUGGUCAGAAUGAAGUCGCUGUGAAAAUGUACAACAACAAAGUUUAGUUUGUAUCAGUCGGCAGUUCAUUGUCUAAGCUGAGAGAUAUAUCUGUAACAGGUGGAAACUAUUGGGGAAUGACUUCUGGUGCCGUCUGUCUUCGAAGAGAUGGUACGGUACAAAGAGAACUUCGGGACAAAAGGCUUGCCGAAACAACAGGUGUAUGUGUAUCUAGUGAUGGAACCGUAUUUCUGUCUGGGUCCAGUUCACAAAAUAUUGUGAUCUUCGAUAAGAAUGGGAAAUGUCUCGGAGAGUUGGUAGCCAAAGACGCUGGUCUGAAAACUCUAACUGCGUUGCAUUAUGACGGCAAAAGAAAUUGUUUAAUCGUAUCAUGUGUUAGUUCUGACAAAGUAAUUAUUUUUGAUAUAUCCGAUUGAAAGACGCUGGUCUGAAAACUCCAACUGCGUUGCAAUAUGACGGCAAAAGAAAUUGUUUAAUCGCAUCAUGUGUUAAUUCUGACAAAGUAAUUAUUUUUGAUAUAUCCAAUUGACUUUGUAUUAAUUUGUACUUUCAAAAUUCCAAAGCAACUCAAGAGUUGUGCCUAAAUACAUCUAAAUUAAUUACCAAUUUGAAACUAAAGUUCAGUCUUGCAACUUAUCUGUAAAAAAAGUUUGAUUUUAAGGUAUAAUCAUUAUAUAUAGGUAUAAAAAGAAGUCAAAACUACAAAAUUAUACAAGGGGCCUCCGUGGCCGAGUGGUUAAGGUUGCCGAGUUCAAUUCACUUACCCCCUCACCGAUGUUGGUUCGAUCCUCAGCCGGAAUGUUGAACUCUUUAUGUGAGGAUGCCAUCCAGCUGGCUUACGGAAGGUCUGUGGUUCUACCCAGGUGCCCGCUCGUGAUGAAAUAAUGCAAGGAGGGGCACCUGGGGUCUUCCUCCACCAUAAAAGCUGGAAAGUUGCCAUAUGAUCUAUAUUGUGCCGGUGCGACGUUAAACCCAUCAAAAGCAAAACCAAAAUGACAAAUCACUUUUAUUUAUCACCUCAAAUAUUGCCAUUCGAAUCCAAUCUUAUACGGUUUUCAGUUUUUCUGAUCUACUGGACGCGGUAACGUUGUCACUUAUGGAGCUUGUGCUGUGUCUUACAAAAUGUAUAUAGCGUACGUGCGUGUAAAAAAUUCAGUUAUUUUUACAGUUGAUACAAACUCAUCGAUAACCUUUUACUUCAUUAAUUGCCCGAUGUUUCAGAUAUUUAGCGUCAUUAUCGAUCUUUAUUAUUGUUAAAAGUAGGCGUUUCUUAAAAUAUUUUAUUAAAGCUCUAUAACGUAAUGGUGUUCCGGUAGACCGAUCGUAUAGUCGUACUGGCGAUCCCUUAAGAGGUAAGUAUGGUGGCUGAUUUGGUUAUUCAUUUGUUCUAUAAAGUCAAGAUUAGAACGUAGACCUAGGUCUGCAAUUAUAGUUCAACAUUCGAACAUUUCAAGCGUGAUAACAAAUAAAAAAUGCAAUAAUUGACUACACAAUUCAUGAAGAUUUUAAACAUUACUUUCCGUAAAGUAAUCAAACUUAAAAAAUUGUCUGUAUAUAUCAAUACCUUGAAUGAUUUCGUUUUGAAAUGAAUCAAUUAAUAUAUGAAAAUUACUAACAUAAUAUUACUUACAUAAUAUUACAUGUUAUGUACAAUGUAUUACUUCCCUUUAUAUUUAUAACCUUUCCAAAUAAUCUGAACUUGUCGAAUUUUCCAGUAUUCACUUACGUAUACUAGUCUAUGAUUUAGAAAAGUACUUGUUCACAUUUCGCUCUGUCAUUAUUUAAGUAAUGAACGUUUGUAUGGAUGUG